CUCACACUCACUCCCGUGAAAUGGAGAACGUGGCACCAGGGACCAUGAGGGCAGUCAGCAAGGAGCUGCGGGACCUGAACAAGGAUCCUAUUGAGGGUGUCACUGUGCUCAUGAACGAAGCUGAUCUGACUGAUAUAACAGCACACAUUGCUGGUCCAAGUGGUACACCUUACGAGGGCGGCAGUUUCAAAGUGAAACUUGUUCUCAGCAAAGAUUUCCCUGCUUCUCCCCCAAGAGGUUAUUUUCUGACGAAGGUAUUCCACCCGAAUGUAGCUGAUAAUGGUGAAAUUUGUGUCAAUACCUUGAAGAAAGACUGGAAACCUAAUCUUGGGAUAAAGCACGUGCUUUUGACAAUACGUUGUUUACUCAUAUACCCAAAUCCUGAAUCUGCUCUGAAUGAAGAAGCAGGAAGAUUACUCCUAGAAGCCUAUGAGCAAUUCGCAUCAAGGGCGAAAAUGAUGACGGAAGUUCAUGCCAAACCCAUCAAUAAAGUUUCUGAUAAAUCAAUCCCCGCCACAGCCUCUUCGCAAAAAAUGGCAGCAAAGAAAAAGGCAAAGGGUCUCCGUCGACUUUAGGAGGCAGGCUACUGGUCCAAUUCAGAGUUACUCAUAUUGCCGCUUUACACCGUUCAAUUAUAAUUAUAUUUGUAUGUUAAGUUGUUAUUAUAAUGUUAGGUUUCAAUAUGUAUUUGCUUUUUACAUUGCUGGUUAAGAUUUUUAUUGAAUGUUUUUCUGACGACCUUUUUCGUAAAGUUUUGAAGAUAAUAGAUGUUUGACAGUGUUUAAAAGGCAAGCCUUGACAUAAGAUUUAUACUAGUCCAGAUUUGUAAAUAUUCUUUUCGUAUUUACCCAAAAUCUUUAUCCAUUGCAAUGCUUAUGUAUUAUAGGAUAAAAUCUUGCAACGA